CUUUGAAACCGGCCUCAGGGCGCUGGGAGCAUAGUGUCCACUGCACGGAAGCUUCCGCCUGCAAGGGAGGCAGGAGGACUGAGGUGCCCAUCUGGCUGCAGCCUUGGGAAUUCAUGCAUGCAGGUGGUCAGUUCGAAGGGAGGCAGCCAGGGUCAUUGUGUGCUGGUGGGAGCUUGGACACAGUCGGACACAGUCGGAGGUAGGGGGCCAGUUGGCGGGAGGCUGCAAGCAGAGGACCCACGUCCUCCCACAAGCAGGACAAGUGGGGACAGGAGACAGCACACAUCCGCAGUCCCAACCAACAUCCUCGUUUGGACCCAAUUCAAACAAACAGUUUAAGCAAAGACGAGACGGUUAGGAGCUGUGCAUCGCUGGGUGCUUGCUGCUGGGGGAGCGUGUGACGACUCGCCGUGAUGACGCAGUGGCAGAUGGGGGUGCAGAGCCCUGUCCUUUAGAAGUGCAUCUGGCGGGUACAGUUCUGGAAGUGGGGGGCCUUUGGAUGGACAAGGUUCCAGCAGCUGAUCAUCGUUGGCACUGACAGAGGGCACACGUGGCUGCAUUGUUCUCUCUAUUUCAUUCAGAUGUUGGGAGUUUUCCUUAAUAAAAAUUUCAGCCUGGCCGGUGGCACAGUUCUUUGGAGCGUCGUCCUGUACAACAACAGGUGGCCGGUCAGUCCCAGCCGGGCACAUACGGGAGGCAGUCAGUCCAUGCUUCUCUCUCACACUGAAGGUCUCGCCUCUGCUUUUCAGACUGGGCCGCCACCAUCCGCGUCGCUGCCCUGGACUGUGCGGAUAAGAGUAACCACGAGGUGUGCCAGACCUACGACAUCCACUUCUACCCCAGCUUCCGGUAUUUUAGAGCAUUUACAAAGGACUUUACAACUGGCGAAAACUUUAAAGGGCCUGACCGAGAGCUGCAGACGGUGAGACAAGCCAUGAUUGACUUCCUACAGAACCACACGGACGCAAACAGGCCUCCCGCCUGCCCGGCUCUGGACCCUAUUCGGCCCAGCGACGUCCUUUCUCUCCUUGACAACCGUGAGGGCCGCUACGUGGCUGUUCUGUUUGAGAGCAACAGCUCGUAUGUUGGACGUGAGGUGAUCCUGGACCUGAGUCCUUACGAGAACAUCGCGGUGAAGAGAGCACUGGACAGCGACCCGGCCUUUCUGGAGAAGCUUGGCAUCUCUUCCGUUCCUUCCUGUUACCUGGUUUACCCAAAUGGGUCCCACGGGUUAAUUAACAUCAUGAAGCCUCUUCGGUCAUUUUUUUCCUCUUAUUUGAAGUCGUUGCCAGAUGUGAGGAAAAAAUCGCUUGCAUUGCCUGAAAAACCAAGCAAAGAAGAAAAUUCUGAAGUUGUGGUGUGGAGAGAGUUUGACAGGUCAAAACUGUACACGGCGGACCUGGAGUCGGGGCUGCACUACCUCCUGAGGGUGGAGCUGGCCACCCACAGGACACUGGCCGGGGCAGAGCUGAAAACACUCAAGGACUUUGUUACUAUCGUUGCCAAGCUGUUCCCCGGCCGCCCGCCCGUCAGGAAGCUGCUGGAGAUGCUGCAGGAGUGGCUGGCCAGCCUCCCCCUGGACCGGGUGCCCUACAACGCCAUCCUGGACCUGGUCAACAACAAGAUGCGGAUUUCUGGAAUAUUCCUCACUAAUCAGAUAAAGUGGGUUGGAUGUCAAGGAAGCCGCCCGGAGUUGAGGGGUUACACGUGUUCUCUCUGGAAGUUGUUCCACAUGCUGACUGUUCGGGCCGGGACCCACCCAGACGCGUUGGAUGACACAGGUUUCGAAGACGACCCCCAGGCGGUGCUGCAGACCAUCCGGAGGUACCUGCUCACCUUCUUCGGCUGUAAAGAGUGUGGGGAGCAUUUUGAGGAAAUGGCUAAAGAGUCCAUGGAUUCUGUGAAAACCCCAGACCAAGCAAUCCUCUGGCUUUGGAAGAAGCAUAACCUCGUGAACAGCCGCCUGGCAGGCCAUCCGAGCGAGGACCCCAGGUUUCCCAAGGUUGCGUGGCCCACUCCGGACCUCUGCCCCGCCUGCCACGAGGAGCUGAGGGGCCUGGACAGCUGGGACGAAGACCAGGUUCUCCUGUUCCUGAAGCGGCACUACGGCAGCGACAACCUCGUGCACACAUACGCCGCGGCCCUGGGUGGCACGGGCGAGGCCGAGGAGCCAGAGGGAGGCCGAGCCAACCCAGAGAGGCCUGGAGACCACGGGGCCGAGAGCCUGCUCCAGCCCGGGGCACUGCCUCCCACACCUCGCCCCUCAGAGGGGUCGCACCUGGGACCAGCCAGGCCCGAGGCCCGCAGGGAGGUGGAGGCGGCUGCACCCUUCCUGGGGAUGGGCUUCUCCAGCCUGGACAUGAGCCUCUGCGUCCUGCUCUACGUGGCCUCCUCCAUGUUCCUGAUGGUGAUGUUCUUCUUCUUCCGAGUGCGGUCCCGGCGGUGGAAAGGCCGGCACCGCCAUCCGUCUGUGUAGAGCUGAGCAGCCGCCCGCGCCUGCGGCUUUAACAGUUCUGAUCAGGGGUGACAGGCAGGGGGCCUGCUCCCCGCUGAUGGCAGCUGUGGUCCCAGAGCUGGGGCCUGUGUGCGUUCCCGGCCUUCACAGUUCGUGGACGCCUCUGACAAAUCCAUAGCAAAGCGACUUCUAUGUUUUUACUCUUCUAGGUCUGAAAACGGGAGUGGGGUGUCCAGGCCAAAAAGAAUGUUUUGCACCCACUUUCAUCAAGUUUACUGGGCUCUACAUCCAUUGUGCACGGCCUCCUUUGGGGAUUUGGAGAAAAACCCAGCCCUUCCCCAUGGAGGGUAAGGGGGACACCCCGCCCCCCACAUCCCCGCCAUGGGGGGUAGACUUGGUGUGGGGAGGGAGGGCGGUGCUCGUCUUACUCUUCAGGGACAGUGCCUUGGCCUGUUGGUUGUUACUCUGGUGAUGAGAGAGCUCCGUGCGUGAGGGCCACCCAGGCUGCCUGUCCCCGGCAGUCGGGAGACUGUGAGCCUGAGAGCAGAGCUUCCGCCUGGGCCCCUGCCAUCCAGCACCACAGCCCUCCUGAGCCACUGCCCAGAGCCGGAGUGGGUGGUGAUGGGGUCUCGCUGGCAUUUGCCUGAAGGUGUUUUACACAGGUCCUGGCACAGGGCCUAUCUCCGGGCUUUGGUGGUUAAUUAUUUACCAUUUAAUGAUUUUAACACAUUAUUUAUAAAAC